AUACAUUUAUUGGCUCAUACUUACAAUUAUGUUUCGCUUUGUGCAGUUGAGGGAGGAUGAUGCUGAUCAACUGCGGAAAGCAGAGGGAGAACUAGAGAAGCUGAAAGCCGAGAACACUUUGCAACACAAAGAAUAUAGCAUCUGCAAGAAUGCAAUGAAGGCCGAAGUAGAGAAACUCAGAGAAAGAGAAGACCGCUCUUUGCUCUCAAAGUGUCCAACUUUAGCCAGAAUCGUCCAUGCCCAGCUCCUCAAAGCUGGUUUCAUACGCACUACUUAUUGGGGAAAUCGAUGUCUUCAGCUCUACUUCAAAUCCGGCGCCGUCAUCGAUGCUUUCCAAUUGUUCGACGAUAUUCCUGAUAAGAACACUAUAUCAUGGAACGUUUGCUUGAAGGGUUUGUUAAAAAAUGGCUAUCUCAAUUAUGCACUUGACCUGUUCGAUGAAAUGCCUGAACGAGAUGUUGUUAGCUGGAAUACAAUGAUUUCAGGGUUUGUUUCUUGUGGGUUUCCUGAAUAUGCGAUGAGGGUUUUCUUCGAUAUGCAGAGUUUGGUUAUUCGACCAACGGAGUUUACGUUUUCGAUUCUGGCUUCUCUUGUUUCUUGUGUUCGACAUGGGGAACAGAUUCAUGGUAAUGUUAUUUGUAGUGGCGUGAGUAAGUCUAAUUUGGUAGUGUGGAAUUCUCUUAUGGAUAUGUACAGAAGAAUAGGAUUUUUUGAUUAUGCUUUAUCGGUGUUUUUAGCUAUGGAGGAUAGAGAUGUUAUCUCGUGGAACUGUUUGAUUUUGUGUUGUUCUGAUUCUGGUAACAAAGAAGUUGCUUUGGAUCAGUUUUGUCUAAUGAGGGAUAUGGAGAAUCAACCUGAUGAAUAUACAGUUUCGACGGUUGUGUCUAUUUGCUCGGAUUUACGAGAUUUGUGUAAGGGUAAGCAGGCUAUUGCUCUUUGCAUCAAGAUGGGGUUUUUAUCUAACACCAUUGUUUUAGGAGCUGGGAUUGACAUGUUUUCCAAAUGCAAUAGAUUGGACGGUUCGGUUAAGCUUUUUAAACAGUUGGAGAAAUGGGAUUCGGUGUUGUGCAAUUCCAUGAUCGGUAGCUAUUCGUGGCAUUUUUGUGGAGAAGAUGCUCUCAUGCUCUUUAUUGUUGCCAUGAGGCAGAGCAUUAGGCCCGAUAAGUUCACGUUUAGUAGCAUUCUGAGCUCGAUGAAUGCCGUUAUGCUAGAUCAUGGAGCACAAGUUCAUGCUUUGGCUACUAAGUUUGGGUUUGAUCAGGACACGGCAGUAGCCACCUCACUCAUGGAGAUGUACUUCAAAACCGGUUCAGUUGAUUCAGCAAUAGAAGUGUUUGUCACAACAGAUGAAAAAGAUUUGAUAUUUUGGAACACAGUGACAAUGGGCUUGGCGAGAAACAGUAGAGCAGUUGAGUCCUUUGCUGUUUUCAAUCAAUUGCUGAUGGAUGACCUAGGUCUGAAACCAAAUAGAGUGACUUUAAUGGGUAUCUUAGUAGCUUGUUGUUAUGCCGGCUUUGUUAACGAAGGAAUUCAGAUAUUCUCUUCAAUGGAAAAGACUCAUGGUGUUGAUCCCGGGAACGAACAUUACGCCUGUAUAAUCGAAUUGCUUUGCAGAGCAGGUAUGAUCAAUGAAGCAAAGGACAUUGCCAACAAGAUACCUUUUGAACCAAGCUCUCAUAUCUGGGAACCGAUUCUCUGUGCAUCUCUAGAUGUUGGAGACACGAGACUCGCUGAAAGUGUAGCGAAAAUAAUGAUAGAAUUGGAACCAAAGUCAUCGUUUCCUUACCUGGUUCUGAUUAAGUUAUACGAGAUGACAUGGCGCUGGGAAAAUUCAGUGAAGUUAAGAUACACCAUGAAUGAACAUAAGUUGAAAUUGACUCAAGGAUCGAGCAAGAUCGGUAUAAAGAGCAGUGUGUACAGCUUCGAAGCUGACCAGUUGCAAAUUCAUGGAGGUCAUGAUACUUACGCAGUCUUGGACUUAUUGUCUUGGGAUUCUUUUGAUCAGAAAAUUCAUUGGUCUGCAUAACAUUUUCACUAACAAGGUUCCAAUAGUUAAGUGAUUUUUUCAUUUACUUUAACCUAAGGGCUCAGGUUGUAUCCAUUAAUCCUGAAAAAUUUCAGUAUUUGAUUCCACGAAAAGAAUAAGUUAAUAGUAUUGCACAGUACAUUGAUGUAUAGAGAAAUCAAUUUGAUAAUAAGAAAAUGUGUUUGUUCAA